AUUUUAAUAAAAAAAAAAACCAGAGUGUGAUUUUUCCAACUGGUAUACACAAACACAAUGCAAUAUAUCUAGAGCAGAUAAAUGUGUUAAAAAUGACAGGUCUUGUGGAAAUACGGAAGUGACUAUGGUAGCGGAAGGAGAAUGAGGUUUUCGCUUUAGUUUCGAUGAAGCUUCGAGUGGGGUCCAGAAAUUUUGUGAUUAAAAGUCCCACAGCCCAGGUCAUUCUUUGCCCAUCCUUCACCAUCCAAUUCUCGUGGGCCUAGCUAAGCUAAUGCCAACUAACCACCACGUACCUUCUUCCUCCCCCUAAUAACUUUGCUUCCCUUUCACACACACCAUGAUGUUGAAGAUAAAAAUUGUGCAACUAAUAGUUGCGGGACUCACGUACUUGCUAGCCUUAUUCCCCAAAGUGUUGCUGAGCCAUAAGGAGAAAGAGAAGGUUCAGCCUCAGCCUCAGCCUCAGCGUGAUGAGGAGUCGGAGUGGGAGGAGUCGGAGUGGGAGGCUAAUGAGAGGUACGCACUGAGUUGGAGGCUGGCCGUUGAAUCCAACAAUGUGCGUCCGUGGCGAACUGUCCCACCUAAGUGCCACACCCACGUUCAGAACUACAUGUCUUCUGGACAAUACUACCGUGACCUUAACCUCAUCGUUGAACACAUCUUGCUCUAUGCCUCCGACCUCCCUCUUUCUUCCGAUGCCAUGGAUGCUUGGGUUCUCGAUGUUGAUGACACUUGCAUCUCCAACGUUUCUUAUUACAAAGCAAAGCGAUUCGGGUGCGACCCAUUUGACUCAGCCAUAUUUAAAGCGUGGAUUAUGAAAGGAAUGUGUCCCGCAAAUGUUGCCGUGAAAGUAUUGUUUAACGCGUUGAUAGCGAGAGGAUUCAAAGUGUUCUUGCUAACAGGUAGAGACGAAUCUCUUGCUAAAAUCACUACUGACAACUUGCAUAACGAAGGAUUCGUAGGCUAUGAACGUCUUAUUCUGAGGAGUCCCGAAUACAAAGGGCAAAGUGCUGUGAGAUACAAAUCAGCGAUUCGGAAGGCGAUAGAAGGAGAAGGGUAUAGGAUAUGGGGAAAUGUUGGAGACCAAUGGAGCGAUCUUCAGGGAGAGUGUUUGGGCAAACGCACUUUCAAGCUUCCCAAUCCCAUGUAUUUCAUUUCUUGAUCUUCCACUCUCAACACCUAAGCUUCCACAUUAAUGCUUAUUUUCCACUUCCAUGUACUCAACAAACAAUGCUUUGCCUUGUUGGCUUUGGCUACUCAAUUUAUCUCACUUCAUCCUUAUUUUCACAAUAUCAGUGCCUUUAUGCUGUUAUUCAACAUUCACUUAGUCAGCUACUUCAUGUUACCCGACACCGGCUUAUAGUAUAUGUACACAUGUGAAGCACAUGUGUGUGUGUGUGAAUUAUAGUUCGAAAGUUAGUUGAGUUGAAUUUAACUAACUUAUAUAAAUUAGGUUUCAAAAUAAAGCAACACUUUUCUUGCU